CAUUUGCUCUGAGUACCGCUCACUCUCCUGCACGUUUCGUGCCGAUGCAGCCAAAGGCAACCCUUUUGCCGGUCUCAUCGUCAGCACCCAAGCAUCUCUGCUCCCAUCACUAACUAAGCUACCUGGUAGCUCGCUCCUCCCGACGCUGGAGGAUUGAAUGAUUCUGUCUUUGUUGUGCUGUCUACUCACAUCUGCUCCGCAUCAUGUCAAUGCACCAAGAAUCCUUGGAAGACACCUAUGGUGCUUUUCAAGAUGAGCAGCUCUCGGAUGACGACAAUGCCGCCCCCGAGAUGCAAUCCGAGGUCGAGGAAGGAGAGAAUGAAGAUCCAUUGCAACUGGCCAUUGAUGAUUUGGAAGGUCGUGUCAUGUCAGCAUUGAACGACUUCAAGCUGCAUCUGGGUGUACGUUCCUCUUCAGCUCCUGGAUCUCCAACUGUCCAUGAAGAACUCCGCGAAAUGUUGCAAAGCGUGUUGGAGGUUGCCGCACACACAGGCCCAUCUGUUGCCCGUACUUACUACCAAGGAAUUGGACAAGAAGGGAUUGAGCUCAGCUGCGAAGAAGUCUACGAGAGAUUGGUAUCUGAUUUGAUUCUUCCAGUCGUUUUGGAAGAGACUCAAACCGACCCUAUACCCGCCAAGCGAGUGGCUUGCUUGGAGUUCUUUCGGCAUUUGUUCAAAGAGUGCCAAAAGUCAGGUAGUUGGAUGGACAGUACGACAACUGGACCACAGAUGGGUCCUUAUGGGGCUGGGGCAUCGGGAUCCCAUUCCUCACAUCAUCCUAAUGUGAACAAUCCUGCCAUUCGAGCGCAGCAAAAACGGCGAUUCGGAAAGAAACUUGCCAGGGAAGGCGAAAUUCUACGUUACUGGGUCCAAGCUUCCAUAUCCAGCCUUGUCGAAGGCGUUUUUACGUCCGAGGCUUCCGAAAUGGCCGUUGCAUCCCGAGGAAUCAUUGCAGCUUCCUCAUCCCUUCGUCCUUGUUUGAAACACAUUGCUCAGCGCAUCAAAGACGCUGAUGAUAGAGGAGCCAGUAAGCUGUUUUCUCCCAUGAUGAAAAUGGUAGAAGGGGUAUUGAAAAAAUUGUUUCUUAGCAGCGCAGAAGAAACUGCCGGCUCUGGUGAUGGAAUCAGGGGUGCAGCCCUCAAGUUUAUGGAAAUUCUAACGCUAGUCUGCUCGCGAAAGCCCCACGAUCCAUCCCAAAGACGCCGAAGUCAAGCUAACUCGGAGGAGUUUUCCUUGGAAGACCUUCCAGCUGGUCACCCUGUCAUCACGAGGGAAUCCCUGGAAUCCAUUGCAGAAUACUCGUUUGCGAUUUUUCGUGGUCUAACACUCCUGGGGGGACAAGCACGAAUUGACGAAAAUCUGCUUUCAGAUAUGCUGAUGAGUGGUGGCGGUGGUUCUCCUUCUGCUCAGGUUGUCAGUAUCCUCAAACCGGCUGCCUUGGCUUAUCUUGAAAUAGAAUCGUCCCUGCCUGGAAGUGAAGAAGAGUCGGCAGUGCAAAUCAACGUAGACCGCAACAACAUUGAAUUUGACUUUAUGUUGUCACAGAAACCAUACUCCCUGACGCUCAAUGCAAUGAGCGCUCUAGCAUUGAAUCGUCCCAUGUUCUUCAAGGAAUCAGCUCUUUGUUUGGCCCGAAGAGCAGUGCAACCUCCUGUGUUCAUCGAAGGCGGAACGCUUUCAAAGUCGGGUGUUCUCGCAAUUUCAGCCCACCUGAAAGCUGCGUGUCUUACACUUUUGCGAAAUGCUUUGAGUGUUAGUGCCAAGGCAUCAGAUAUAUUGCAUGAAGCGUCGAAAGCAUGUGAUAUGGAGAUGCAAGCAGAUAAGGCUCUUUCCAUGGCGAAACAAGCCAAUUCUUUGCGGACAGCUGGUCGUGCUGCGCGGAACCGUGCCAAUAUGAUGUACACGUGGGAGGAAGGUGACAAACGAAAGACGGAAACAGACGAUGCUUUGGCGAAACUAAAGGAAGCCAAAAAGGCUCGAGGAUUGGGGCACGGCAUUCAGCUUCCCAAAAACAUGGCAGAGGCGAUUGACCUCGUAUUUGCCAACCUACACAACCUGCCAUCCAAAAAGCCCACGUCGACUGGGUCCAAGAAUAGGAAUGUCCCCGUCAACCUGGACUUUCUGGUGGAUGCAAUCCUAACGAAUGGUGCAUCAUUGGCCCAAGAAGAGGGUCGUUGGUACGAUCGUGAUGGUGGUGCGGCAUGGGAAUUGAAGGGAGACAACGACCACAAGUUUGAGUUGUCGACGAAAUUUACAGAGUUGGUUUCGGGAUCAUCAGGAAACCAAAAGCCCAGGGAAACCUUCUUCAAGGACGCAGCUGCUUCUUCGGUCGACGCGUUGGGUAGAAUUGCGACUCAGGCACUGAAUUCCCGCUCGGCGUAUCACGCUCAACUUGGGAAUGAAAUUGCUGCGAGGUUAGCAUGGACUCUACGAGGAACGAAACCUCCAGGCGCCACGGCUUUGUCCCAAGCACUCGUAGAAGAGAGCGUGGCAAGUCUCACCGACAAACAGGUGACUGCCAAAGAAAAGGAAGAACUUGGCGUGUUCAUUGGGAGAGACUAUCCCCUGGUCAGCUCGUGUCUUGCCUUGGAUUUUGCAAACAACAAAGCUGAUACGAAACAGGAUGUCAACAGGACACUUUCGAGCCAUCUUCUUUCAGAGGCUUACGUGCAGGCUAGCAUCGCGGACCAAGAGGGCGCACAAAACAAAAACUACCAGACUUGCAUGAAUGCAUUUGUUGCCAGUGUCGUUCGCGCUGGAAAGCUUGCUGAUGACAAGCCAAGUGACGCCGAUCGGAAGCAAUCCGCAGCUCUUGCCUCAACACAGUUGCAGGCUAUGUGUCAAAACUUUCCAGAGAUUUCGCCGUCGUCAUUGCGAAUGGUAGGCGGCCUGUGCGACAUUAUUGAAGUCACCAAGAAGGCAUCCGACGCAGCAAGAAAGAACGCGAAUCAAACCGUAGCAGCUUCUGCUGCAUUGCAUUCUGCAAAGGCUGCUGCCGAGAAGAGAGCCACAACUGUGCUGCUUACGCUUCGAGAUAUCGCGUUUUCUAGAAACAGCGUCGAUGCCAGGCGAGGUGCAGUGGAGGCUGCUGUUAUGAUUGCUGCCGGGAGACUCCCAUCGAGCCAAGCUAUCGAAGACAAAGCACUCAAGCUCGUCAUGAACGUGCUGUAUCCAAAGAGCGAAAUUCUUGGGACUCUGGUAACGGAUGCUUCUAUCAACGAGCUGAAAGAGUCUGCCAAAAUCGCAGCUAGCAAACACGACGAGAUUGCGACUGCGAACAACGCAAAUGCAGAAAAGAACAAGGAGAAAGGCAUCCUUGGAGACAACCCUUUAAGUGACCCUGAACGCGAAUUCAUGGAUGUUGCAAAGAAGCCCGUGACGAUUCUCAUGGCGCUUUGUGUCCGAAAGCCAGACCUGAUCAAAACGAUGUUUGAAGUAAGCUGUACUCCCAAAGCUGAUGCACUUCAAAAGACAGUUCGUGCAAACAUGGCCAAAAUGGCAAAGGCUGCAGCAGCCAAACAUGGCGCGGCGGCGAUAGCAAACAAGGUCGCCGCCAUGACCGGCCCAGCGGAGUUGGCUUUGUUGUUGGCCUUUCUGGACAAUCUCACGGAUCAAAAGACAAUGAAUCAGGAGUUCAUUGAUGCUUGUCAUGAAAUCCAGGCUGGCAAAGCGGGCGAGGAUGGCAAGAAGGACCCACGUUUCUUGAUUCCGGUGGUUGCAGCAAUGAAACGCCAGGAACUAGUGGAGAAGCUUCCCGACUUUGUGGCCGCCGAAGACAAGAUCUUUUUGGCCGCUUUGGAGAGAAUGGGAGAUCGUGUGGCUCGACAAGCGCUGCUGUAUCGCGACGAGCCCGAUGAAGAGAAUCCAUCACUCAAGGGGAUGACACUCUGUGAGCAGUUGGUGUUCCUGCACAACCUUGAUUUUGCCGCGGCGGGUCUCCCGCAGAAACGAUACCUCGACGCCAUCAAGCACUGCCUGGACAAUGAUGAAAUUUACAGCGACCGAGUGGUGAUGUCUGCUCUUGAUCACAUGAGUGGCGUCUUUUUGGAAGGUGACAAAGGUUUGCCACUUGCUUACAUGAGGACCAUAAUCUUGGUUUGUUCCAAACACGAGAGUCUGCACUCUUUCAUCACCAGCACUCUUCUGCCAAGGUUGGUGGAAGGAAAGAUCUACACAGAUCGCCGACAGUGGGAGGGUUGGAUGCGCUGCGCCAAAAUGCUCUCUCCGGACAGCCAGCAAGCAAUCCAAAAGCUUCCCAAGGAACAGUACGAGCUGUACUGCGCCAGGUACACUAAAUAAGAAUCGAAUUCAUCACUCAGCUAAUUAUUCCAAAUGAUAGCUACUAGUAGGAUCGGAUCAAUCAUUUGAGCUGCUGGUAUAGGUGGCAGAACGAAAGAUGAUUCAAUCAUUCCGACUUAAAAUGUGACGACGAGACAAGGAUUCGUCUGCGGAUGCAUGGAACUAAAUAAUAAAGAAAUAACCAAAUAGCCAAUAUUGAUUGUGC